AUGCAUGUACUAACAACAACAACAACACCGAUAAUUGCUGCAUAUAAACAGAUACGCACCCAUUACCCCAGAUCCAGCAAAAUUCCAUUUCCCGCAUUGUCGACACCUGUCACACACAGCACCAUCCACCAUCUGCGCAGACGUCGAUCCAUCAAAAACCUUCUUUCCUUUAGCAAGAAAACCAAUGCUGACAAGAUCGAAAAGUACUUGCAGCGCUGUUUCGACCACCCCAUCGUCUCCAUUUCCACCUUGCUGCGUGACUUUCUAAGUGUCCAACGCGAAGAAGAUAAGCUCCUGCCGUGCCAGGGUGCCCAGCAGAAAUCAAGCGUUGACGAAGAAGAACAUCAGCUGCCACUGAAACGCGCGCCGCCUUCCAUGCAAGACUACGAACUACUCAAAGUAUUGGGCAAGGGCUGCAUGGGCAAAGUCCUGCUGGUCCGUUCCCGAAUCGACAAGCAAUUGUAUGCACUGAAAGCGAUUCAAAAAAUACACGUCGUUCAGCAAAAGGAAGUGACUCACACACGUGCUGAGCGUGACAUUUUGGUCAAGCUGCGACAGGAGCCGUUCUUGGUCAACCUCCACUGUGCUUUCCAAACACAGAAGCAGCUGUUUUUAGUUCUGGACUACUAUAGCGGAGGCGAUAUUGCAACCCAAAUGUCAAGAUUCACCACCUUCUCCGAAGAGCGCACUCUUUUUUAUGCAGCCGAGAUCCUCCACGGUCUCUCCACUUUGCAUAAGCACGGCAUCAUUUACAGAGAUCUGAAGCCGGAAAAUGUCUUGAUUGGUUGCGACGGUCAUAUUGUGCUGACGGAUUUCGGCUUGUCCAAGGUGUUUGAUGCCGACACUGACAUGCAUAUUACGCGCACGUUCUGUGGCACAGCUGAAUACUUGGCACCAGAGGUGCUCAUGGAUGAGCCAUACACAUUUGUGGUCGACUAUUGGAGUUUGGGCACGCUUCUCUAUGAGAUGCUUGCUGGUGUGACACCAUUCUGGGCAGAAACACACGUAGCAAUGUACCGUCGUGUUCUGGAUGAUCCUCUUGAGUUCCCACCUCAUUUUGAUUCUGUCACUUGCGACUUUCUCGCCGGCCUGCUUGAGAGAGACCCUUGCGAGCGAUUAGGAUGGGAUGGCGUAGAAUCUAUUCAAUCACACCCGUUCUUCGCCGGUGUCGAUUGGGAAGACGUUGCCAACCUCAAGUUGACUCCUCCUUAUGUUCCA